UAAAAUAAAGGCAAAUAAAUCACUGAUCAAGAGUUAUAUACUGGAAAAUCGAACACCAACUCUUCCAAUGAAGAGUUUGACAACAACCAUUUCCUUGCCUGCGCGUGGGAUUAUGGAGUUAAUUAAUUGAUCAAUCAACUCUAUGGUGCAAGUUGCAACGACCCAGUAGAGAAAGGCUUGGUUUUUGUGCUUGUUUUCAAGUUUGAAUGGAGCACCUGUUGGGCCUUCUUAGAGUUCGAGUGCAGAGAGGGGCAAACCUUGCUAUUAGAGAUGUCACUGCCAGAACCAGCGAUCCUUAUGUUGUCAUCAAAAUGGGCAAGCAGAAGUUAAAGACUCGUGUAGUGAAGAAGAGUACCAAUCCCGAGUGGAAUGAAGAUUUAACACUUUCAAUUGCAGAUCCAACUCUUCCAGUCAACAUUCACGUGUAUGACAAAGACACAUUUACUCUUGAUGACAAAAUGGGGGAUGCUGAGUUCGAGAUUGGCCCGUUUCUUGAAGCGUUACGGGUGCGAGUGCAAGGCGUACCAAGCGGAACCGUACUUUCCAGAGUGCAACCGAACAGGCAAAACUGCCUAGCUGAAGAGAGCUGCAUCAUCUAUACUGAUGGCCAAGUUGUCCAGAACAUGUGUAUCAGACUGAGAAAUGUGGAGAGGGGGGAACUGGAACUCCAGUUACAGUGGAUUGAUAUUCCUGGUUCCAGGGGUUUGUAAAUUUUCUUGUCAAAGUCCUCUGCUUUGGCGUUAUGGCAGAGAUUUGGAGCAUUGUAAUACCACCAGCUCUGGAUUGGAUGAGUUUCUUCAAUGGGUUCCUUUGUUAAUAGGCUUAAAAACAGAGUGGUUUUGAGUGUAUCCUGCCCUUUAUUAUUGUAAACUUGUUGAAAAUAAAAUAGACAAGAAGAUGCGUAAAACAUAUGUUCGAAUGAUGAA